GGCAAAUUGAUGACGUGUAAAGAAAGGAAAGUGAGAGGAUAGCGUAGAAGAGUGGGGAGAAGCACAGGAGAAGAAAACCGUUGGCCUCAACUUCACCAAAUUACACGUGUCUCCAUGGAGCAGAGCAGCCACGACCAUAGUCGCAAGUGAGUUAGUGAGUGCGAGAAAAAGGCAAAAUGAAGAUAAAAAUAUUAAAAAAGAAAAGAAAAAAACAGAAGCGCAGAAGCACGGUCAACGUUUGUAUGUGGUGUUUGCAUUAAACCCAAUUGCACAGUUUUCUCUUUCACUCUAUUUUCAACAACUAAAACCCUAUUCAUCUCUUCUUCUUCUUCCAUUUUCAUCACCAUCUCUAUGAUGCCUCCUUCUCAGCCACCCCAUUGGGCCCCAUCACCAUCUCCGUCUGCAUCUCCGACCCCAACGCCCACACCAAUACUCAACAAAUCAUUCCUACCACCGCCGUCCAAUACGCCGGCGGUUGACUUCAGCCCCCCACUCAUAGCAAUGGUCGUUGUCGUCGCCGCCGCCUUUCUCGUCGUAACCUACUCUCGUCUCAUCGCGCGCCAUCUCAGGCCUCCUAUCCACCGCCUCCUACACCGCUUCCGCCGCCGGCGAUUCCCCCCGUCUUCCGUUGGCGACCUCGAGUCCUUACCCUACGAGUCUCCCUUUGACGGUCCCCGCGUAUUCUCUCCAUACGGUUUAGACGAAACGGUGAUUAAAACGAUACCGUUUUCGCUGUACACCGCGAAAUACGACGCUCGUUUCGAAGAGUCUCGCAACGACUGCGCCGUUUGCUUGCUGGAAUUCGAAGACGAAGAAUACGUGAGAACACUUCCCGUUUGUUCACACACGUUCCACGUGGACUGCAUCGACGCGUGGCUUCGCUCGCACGCUAACUGCCCUCUCUGCCGCGCAGGUGUCCUCUGCGCCGAUUCGCCUUUCACUCCAAUGAUGGCCGCAAGAAUCCGACCGAGCCUCGACGACGACACAAUUCUUCACCGCAUCAGCUUAGACCCUCUCAUCGACCCCCCACCGCCUGUGGCAAUAUCGUCCGUGCCGGAGAUAACACCCUGCAUCGACGAACAAUCUCCGAGGAGGAACCAGAACCACGCGAACGUCAACUCAGAAGAUUGUUUUAGGGAUUUUCUGCUGAAGAGAUCUUAUUCGUUUGGAUUUGAACGGAGUGUCGCGUCGGAGAGGAUGGUGAUGGAAGCCACCACUGCGUCGCCAUGGCGAUACCGAAGAGGGAGUAAUAGUUUCUGGAGCAAGAGGCCUUCGCCGUUUGGUUCUUUGGGGAAACCAAGGGUGUUUUCGUUUCGGUAUUACAGAGGGAUGAAAUCACCGUUCUUCAGGCGGAGGGGAUUCUUCCCGCUGUCGGAGUCCAGCGUGAGGUACGGCGGCGGCGGGAGCUCGUCGCGGCGGAGCAAGUCGAUUGCAAGCCCAAUGUUUCUUCGGUCGUCGGGUCUGGCAGCGGCGGCUUUCUCGUCGAGCCGGCUGAGGUGCGGGGAUCCCGAGGCGCUGCUGUCGCCCGAGAGAUUUAACCGGAGGUGAUGCAAGGAAGGUAAAAACAAAGGUUGGAGAUUUUGUCGAGAAGUGAAAAUGGGCGGCAAGAGGACACGUGGCGGAAGUUGAUUGGUGGAUGGGGGUGGAAGUUCGAUCGGAGAUGGGUGGAGAGUGGCGGUGUGGGUCAGGUCAAGGAGGAAUUAAAUGGAGGUGGUCGCAUGCGGUUUAAUUUAAUGAGACGGUCUGGCAAUUUGUAGAGAGUCAUUAAUGGAUGGUAGGAAGAGCAUUAAUGGGAGAGAGAGAAGUAAGACAUUUGAUGGUGAUAAGGGAGAAGAAGAAAGAGUGGUUUUCUCUCUCCCAAUAUUUAUAUAUCUAUUAUUCUCUGUGCCUAUGCUCAGACAGUGUGGUGGGGAGAGAGGGUUUUAAAAGAGGAAGGUCAUAAAUGAGCAGAGGAUUGGAUAGAGGUUGGGGAAUGGCAUGCAGUACUACUAUUAUUACUACUACUUCUUCUACUCAUUUACCAGCUGAAUAGGGUUUUGGCAAAUGCCUUGUCUUGCACUUUCUUUAUGGCACCGACUGAAUCCCCCAUGUGAAUCCAUUGAAGAUGAUGCAAAACACACAUUAAUAUGAGUUAUGGUCUGACCUAGCUCACUCUGUAUAGGUUUAUGCCCACAGAAGCAAGGCAUUUAUUGUCGCAUUGGGUAUGCUGACAAGCAACAUUGCUCCGUUCGUUUUAGUUUUAGUGCGUGACUCUGCUGUGAAUUCUUUCAUCGUCAGAUAAUUAAUGCCAUUUAUAAGAUUUUGAAUUUGGAAUCUUUUGUGAUCAAUGCUCUUUCAACUUUUUUAUUUUUCAACUCAUGGGGGAAUUCGCCAACAUAUACUACAUACUCACCUUUUUUUCCAAAAACAAAUACCCUGCUGCUAUCUUCUUGUAAAUAUUGUCUUUCUACCAAAACAACAAACACUUUUUUUUUACUUCCCUCUUACUGCCUUAAACACCCUCCUAAUCUAUAUAUGUAAAUUUGAUAUUUGCUGUAAAUUUCUCUGUUUACCAGAUUUUUCAUCCAGUUCAUCUCAGAGUGUGUGAUCUCCAUGAAUCCAUUAUUUUCUUCUUUUGACAAAGUAGAUCUAAAGACAUACACUAUAGUCCACCUUUGGCAUUUUGGGAACCAACACUGGUAGUAGCAUUCUUUUUUAUGUCUUUUCCUUUGACCCAUAAUUAGCAAUACUUGUUAACCUCUGUAGCUAUCAUGAACAGACAACACAGUUACUGUUAACUUCACAAUCUGUCUUCAAGCCCAAACCAACUCUUCCGUGAGCUGAAACUGUACAAUCCGGCCCAGUAGAUUUCAAGUUGGUCCAAUCACUCACAGCAUACGUGGCCCCGAAAAGGAUAUGUAAUUCAUCUGAGACAUGCAUUGACACCAAGUUAAGAGGUUGUAUUAUCAGAAUUCUGUAAUAUAUGUCUGUAGUGGUCACAUGCAGUAUUAAUCUUGCAGAAAACAUUAAAGCUAGCGCAAGAAGUUAGGUGUGGAUUUUAUUCUGUAUAAUUUAGAUCAUCUCACUUGAACGCUCAAAUAUUCAAUUAUUUUAUACC